UUAGUCGUAAUCAACAUCGGAACAUUUCGAAAACUGCUCUACAUAUCAUGGCUUUUCUGUGACACUUGUCCAAUAGGUUCUACUACAGCCGGACCACUGCAUAAGUUUUCCUAGCAGAGAGAUAAGGGUCGUAUACCUUGCUGUGUCUGAGGGGUUUUAAAAUGCCAUCCAGGGCAGCCUUGUUCUCGCUGGUCGUAUUUGUCUUUGGCUCACGGUCGAUGACAGAAAACCGGGAUCUUCUUGCUGAUCGACCAUGCCCAGGAUGCCCCCAGCUUUAUCUGUCACUAGCGAGUGCUGUUCACCAGGGUCGGGAUGAUCCCGAAGCGGCUAACCUAUGUGACCAAAACGAGAAAGCUAUGGUUGACGAAAGAGCCGGGGUUCGCAGUGCCCGGUUCCAAAGAAGCGAUCAUCUGAAGUUCUGGAUCUGGAGGUUUGCGGGAUGUAACAGCCAAGCAAUCAUCCAUCUGUGACAAUGGUUUCUGGUUUCUUGUCCGCCUACCCAUCGUGUGAUGUGUCGAUGAUGUCGAAUGGUGGUGUCAUGGGGGUGAAAGAUAAAAGACCUAAGCCAG